CUCCGCUCCCUCUCGCGCGCCGCUCGGCUCCUUCACAGGGUGACACGUCUGCGGUGAGUGAGUGGCGUUGGCAGCCUGUCAAUCCCUCACCGGAGCGGCCAUCAAACAACAUAAAACACGCGCGGGCACCGGGCGCGGGGCUCAUAAAUUCCGGCGGGCCGAUAUUUUUGCACAUUGCUUUGCAGAGAGUGUGUAAUUAAUUUUUUUACAGUUCUUUCCCCGUUAUUUCCGCUCUUUUCUUUGCACAAGUUCAAACUUUUGAUUGCUGCUGUCUCACCCCCGUGCACAGACUUGGGAUCGUUUGUUAUUUGGGGGGGAGGGCGAUUAAUUUUUUUUUUCCCUCUGUGAUUGUGUUUUCUUGGCUUUUUUAUGUUGCAGUUUGGGGGUGGGGGUGUUCGCUGGUUUGUUGUGGUUUUUGCUGUUUGCACCCUCCCAACUUCUGAAGGAUUUGAAAGCGAGUUUUUUUGAUUUUGUAUUUUUUUUUUUAAUUUUGCCUUUUUGCAAAGAAGAUUUUUGGACAAGUGGGGAAAGACAUAAAAAGCAACAAUAAAAAUAAAUAAGGAAAAAAAAAAGCUUUGGAGGAAGAUUGUACCAGGAAAACCUCACAGAAAUCUGCUCAGCUCAUUUAUCCGAGGCACCAAUAUGAUGAUGAUGAAAGAAGAUUGUAACUAAAGAAGAGAGUGAUUUACUGCCCUGGGAAGGAGAAGAGAGUGGAAUAAACAGCUGAGAUCCGGUCAAAACACAAAUACUACAUUUUUGUUAUUGUUUUGUUUGGCUUUUUUUUGUUUUUGUUUUUCCUUUUUUCGUGGUGUGUGAGCAGAGCGCGGUCAGGAGCGCGGCACUGGGACUGAGCGGGGCAGGCGCUGCCGUGACCGCCCGGAGCGCGGCCCGGCCCGGAGCCAUGGACGAUCAGUCCAGGAUGCUGCAGACUCUGGCCGGCGUGAACCUGGCCGGGCACUCGGUGCAGGGGGGCAUGGCCCUGCCGCCUCCCCACGGACACGAAGGGGCUGACGGCGACGGCAGGAAGCAGGACAUCGGCGACAUCCUCCAUCAGAUCAUGACCAUCACUGACCAAAGCCUGGAUGAGGCACAAGCAAAGAAACACGCCCUGAACUGCCACAGGAUGAAACCCGCCCUGUUCAGCGUCCUCUGCGAGAUCAAGGAGAAAACAGGUUUGAGCAUCCGAGGAGCCCAGGAGGAGGACCCUCCCGAUCCUCAGCUAAUGAGACUAGACAAUAUGCUUCUGGCAGAAGGAGUCUCAGGUCCGGAGAAAGGUGGGGGAUCGGCGGCAGCAGCUGCAGCCGCAGCAGCCUCUGGAGGGUCUUCAGAUAACUCUAUUGAGCACUCAGAUUACAGAGCCAAAUUGACCCAGAUCAGACAAAUCUAUCACACAGAGCUGGAGAAAUAUGAACAGGCGUGUAAUGAAUUUACCACUCAUGUCAUGAACCUCCUCAGAGAACAGAGCCGGACACGUCCCAUUUCUCCCAAGGAGAUUGAAAGGAUGGUGGGCAUCAUUCAUCGAAAAUUCAGCUCCAUCCAGAUGCAGCUCAAACAGAGCACUUGUGAAGCAGUAAUGAUUUUAAGAUCAAGGUUCCUUGAUGCCAGACGGAAAAGGCGCAACUUCAGUAAACAAGCCACAGAAAUCUUGAACGAGUAUUUUUACUCCCACCUCAGUAACCCCUACCCCAGUGAAGAAGCCAAAGAAGAGCUGGCAAAGAAGUGCAGCAUCACGGUAUCACAGGUGUCCAACUGGUUUGGCAAUAAGAGAAUCAGGUACAAGAAGAACAUUGGGAAGUUCCAGGAGGAAGCCAAUCUCUACGCGGCAAAGACGGCCGUGACUGCAGCGCAUGCCGUGGCCGCGGCUGUCCAGAACAACCAGACCAACUCCCCCACCACACCAAAUUCUGGUGGAUACCCUGCGUCAUGUUAUCAAUCAGACGGGAGGAUACAAUGAUGGCUUGGGAGGAAAUUCACUGUACAGUCCACAUAAUUUAAAUGCUAAUGGAGGCUGGCAGGACGCAACCACUCCAUCUUCUGUGACUUCCCCUACAGAAGGGCCGGGAAGUGUGCACUCGGAUACCUCUAACUAAUCUCCUAGCAACACUUUUUCCCUGAGCUGAGAUGCCUUGAUUAGCGCAUUCAGAGUUGCAGGAGAAAAAGGAAAGAGUUUUUUGUAGCCAACCACCUACAGCUUUACUGUAAAACCUUGUCUUAUUAGAAAACUUGGUAAAUCUGUUUUUUAAAGGUAUCAUAAUCAUUUGUAUUUAUACUUAAAACACACAAUCUUAAAAAGCACUUUAUCCAAUUAGGCCAAGAUUUAGCAUUGUUUAUAGCCCUGUAACUAUUUUAUCAUAAUUUAUUAUCAGCAGUUUUAAUGAUGUUGGUCUAACAGUUGCCAAUUACUUGGCCUUAAGGGUAAAAGUACAGGACAAGCUUAACCUCAGUAGCAAGAGCAGACACAAAGAACCGCCUCACCCAAAUUUAAUUGUGUGCAUUUUUCCAUGGAAAGUUGACAGGAAUCACAGACUUUGAUUGUGUUUCAUCUUUUCAUAUCUCUCACAGAGCUGGAAUAAAAAGAGCUGUUCAGUUAUUUCGGUUAACAAUGGUCGUGUUUAAGAAUCCUUAUUCGUCACAUUUUUGUUGAGAUCUAUUGUCUUACAAAUUAGAUUGGAAACCAGGAGCAUCUUUUCUUGCUAAAGCCCCCCCGGAGCCCGAGCCUCCCCUCGGAAUCCCGACACGGACACAGGUUGCUCUUGGGAGAUGCCGACUCUUGCUGCUGGUCUCUGUGCACGCCACCAGCCGGGGUUUUACAGUACGAGCUGGGUGCUACCCGCGCCUGCCAGGGGCUGGUGCCUCUGCUUGGCAGCAAACCACAAACAAAGGAAAAGGAAAGGAAAGAGCACCGUGAUAUGGAGUGUUGUACAUAGUGUAGCAAAAGAGUAUUUAUACAUCUCACCAAUCAAACACAGCUUUAUUACCUCAUGCGAACUCAUACAAACCAAUAGACUUUCAACAUGUUCUGUAGCUUAGAGUGCUCACUUACUACCUCUGAACGAUACUCACGCUGUAGUUUGUCUCUUUCUUAUCUUUUUGCAUCUUGUAAUUAACUCUUUGUUUCCCCACGAAAUGUAAUGUACAUUGUAAUCUCCUACAAAUCAGGGUUGCCUUGGCAACUGCUAAAGAAGCGGAAGUGGAAACAUGGGGUCUUAGGUUGGACACAAAACAGUGCAACUGUUGUAAAUACUGAGAAGCAUUUUGAAUGUUCUUCAUCUUGUUACUAAUACACGCAGAAACCAACAACUAAUUGUAAUGCAUACAGACUUCAGUAUUCAGUACUGUACAUCCCCCUGGAUUGCAGGGGCCCUUUCUCUCUCUCUUUUGUAUUGUAUGCGAUUCUGAAACUGAUUGAGUCAUGAAAAUAAUUUGUGGCAGUGAUUCUAAUGUAUUAAACCGUUUCGUGUUACUUUCUAACUGGAUUACACCCUGGAUUGAAAAGUCUUCCUCGUGGUAGUUAUAUGUAGUUUCAAACAUGAAUAAACUUUUUGCUUUCAUGAUCAAA